UUCCAGGCUGGAGUCUCCGACGCGCUCCCUGAUCAUGGAGGCUCCCAAAGGGAUCCAGAUCCUGGCCGAGGCCGGGGACAUCCAGGCCAUCUGCAGGAACGAGCUGCGCCUGGAGUCCAAAGACGGGGAGAUUUCUCUGGACGCUCGCAGGAUCCGCCUGAUGCAGUUGCCGGAGGGGAAGGCCUCCACCAGCUCCUCGUCCUCCGGGACAAGGCAGACGGUCUACGAGGUCUGCGUCUGUCCCAACGGGAGGCUGUUCCUGUCCCAGGCCGGCACCGGGUCCACCUGCCAGAUCAGCAACAGCGUCUGUCUCUAGGACUGAACCACGGAGACAUGAGUGGACACGGAGGACAGACAGACGGACACGCAUCGCCUCCUCUCGGACUGAUUCAACGCAAACACAGACACACACAGAGACUUCCAGAGCGGAUGGAUGAACAGUCACAGAUACUGUACCUCCACAGAGACACUCAUGCUACAAUCACAACACAACAGACCGGUGUUUAGGCUCAACUGAACCGUUUUAAAGAAACACAACCGAACAUUUUGAACUUUGUGCCAAUAUUUCAAUGCUAAAAAUAUUUUAUAUGAGAGAAACAGGCUUUGAAAGGGCGUUCGGAGCUUCAUGGGACAUUCCACCUCUCCUCCUGGUCUCAUCAGCCUCUCAGCUCUUUGUACACACACCCAAUCAGAACAAUACCACUUUUAAACUGAAUCCAAGGGAGACAACACAGGUUUUAACAACUUUUUAAUACAAAAAUACAGUGAUCAAGUGAUUAAGUGACCCAAACAGUCAACAUUACACAUACAAACACACACACACACACACACACACACACACAAACAACAGAUAUGUUCACACACACACACUCACUCUUUGCUCCGGGUGGAAACCGAGAGGAAAACUUACUCGAAGACUGAUCUGUUCCUUUCUCUCCCUCAAAAACUGUUCAGAACCAGAAUCAUUAGGGUGAUCACCUCCUCCUCCUCCUCACCUCCUCUUCCUCCUCCUCCUCCUCCUCCUCCUCCUCCUCCUCCUUCCUCCUCACCUCCUCCUCCUCCUCCUCCUCCUCACCUCCUCCUCCUCCUUCCUCCUCACCUCCUCCUCCUCCUCCUCCUCCUCCUUCCUCCUCCUCCUCCUCCUCCUCCUCACCUCCUCUUCUUCUUUCCUUUCGUUUCUAAUGUGGGACAGUUUAUUAUUUAUUAUUAUGCCGACUACUGACGACGCCAUGGUCACGUCAUAUCACAUUUCACUUGAUAAUUCAAAUUAGCAUCAGGGGAAUUAUUUGAUUUGAAAUGCAUUUGAAGGACGGGACAGUCUAAUCAAUGG